AUGCAUGCUAAAUUGCAGUAAUGUCUAAACUUUGAUUGUUACUAGUUAUACCAAUCUUUCAAAAUGUUUAUUACAAAGUUGCACAUUUUCGUUUUAUUUAUAAUAUUUUCCAAGAUAUUUGCAACAGAAAAAAAACGUUUUAAGUGCCCCUCUUUCACUAACUUGGAUCCAGAAGAAAUAAAAACCGAGCCUCUUUCUUCUAAAGGAGAUGAAAAUUUUUAUUGUGAGAACUACCUUUUCUACGACGAAAAUUCUUGUGAGUGUGUUCCGAUUGAAAAGUGUCCACAAGUAUAUAAUUUAUUGCACUUGGAAAUAGAAGCCAUAAUCAACGCUGAAAAAUUUAUAAUGGGUUUGGAUUUUUCCAGCCUUCUAGAAGGAGAUAUCUGGGAAUUUUUCAAGUUGACUGUAAUGAAGUUAGGAAUCAUAACAGAGCGAGAUUUCGAAAAUUACGAAGAUGAAAAAGAUAUUGAUUUAAUUGAAAACGUCAUUGAAGAAAAUGUAGGAGCAGUUUUGUACAACUAUUCCAGAUAUCUGAUCCUACUAACGAACAAAUCCAUUAUGAGAUCUAUUAAGAAGAAAUGUGGCGAUAAUCAACUUUGCAUUACUGAAUAUCUGUUGAAAAAAAAUGAGAAAAAUAUUAAAAAAAUUGUGGAAGAUUUCAUGCCUGAAUUUAUUAGCGGCUUAAAAAAUCUUGACGCAGAUUUGAAAACACGUAUUGCAGAACAAUGCAAAGAAGACGAAUGCGUCUUUGCUAGAACAUUUUUAGUUACCUACAGUAUUAUUAUUGACCAGAUUGAAACUUAUAUCAAACCAAUUAUUGAAAAUUUGAGUCAAAACAUUAGAAAACUGUUGUCACCAUAGUUUUUUUCAUGUAUCCUUACUACAGUAGUUUAUUGAUACUUAGAUAUAAUCUAAUUGUUGAAAAUUAAGAUCAAAAUAUUGUACUUAAAUCAUUUCGAUAAAGUAUGGCUACUUA